GCGAUACCCAAGGAGAGGGAGCGAAGCAGAAAUAUAUCGUUAUUGUAGCGGUCAUUUAUAUCAAUUACUCGCGAUUCGUCUAUAGGUUGAAUGAACAGACUGACUGUAUGGAGAGCCCGGGCUGUAACUGUCUGUGACGGGGAACCAGAGGAACCAGGGGAACCAGGGGAACCAGAGGAACCCGAGGAACCAGGGGAACCAGAGAGACCAUGGCGAGCACUCAGCAGUUCGCUCUGGAGUACCUUCAGAACGGCCGCAGGUCCCUCGAGACCCACCUCAAGAACCCCUCCAUGGUGACGGCACAACUGAAACAUCUCAACAUCGUCCCAGAGAAGGUGCUGCGAAAGGUCAGGUCGUUCAAGAAGAGGUUGUCCCAGACGAGAGUGCUACUCAACGAGGUCACCAAGAGGGGAGAGGUUGCCAGUUAUGAGCUGUUGAAGAUUCUGUACAAGAACAGGCACAAAACAUUACCCAGAACUCAGUCCAAGCUGGGCCCAGAUCUACACCAGUGGAUCAGCUGCUUCUCCUUUACCGAGGACCCUGAUUUACAGAGUAGUCCAGCUUCAGACCUGGGGCCGUGCGAGAGAUACAGGAAACAGCUGAAGAUGAAAGCAACAGAGGUGGUCCAAGCGAAGCUGGACCGCAGCAUGAACUUCCUCAGAGACAAGUGGAAAUCCUUUACCUACAUCCCUCUUGUGUUAGACACAGAAAAGAGUGACUUGUCCAAAAUCAAGUGCAAAGGGUACAAAAAGGCACGUGAAAAAAAACUGAAGACUUACAUCCCGAGGGACAAAGGAAAACUGUCCCUCGAUCAUUUACUGAAAACCAACGAAAAGAAAAUCCUGCUUGUCGGGAAACCAGGCAUCGGGAAAACAACCGUGGUGGAGCAACUCCUGCGGCUCUGGUCGGAGAACGAACAUUACGAAGAGAGUUACAUGUUCUACUUUGACGAGCCAGCAAUGAGAUCCAUAUCUCAUUCCUCUGAGCCGUCCACACUGAGGUCUCUGCUCUUCGACAGAUACGUCAGUCCAGAGCAGGGCACGGAGGACGAGGUCUUGCGGGACCUCGAAAACAAUUCGGAAAACGUCACAGUGGUGUUUGACGGGGUCAUCGAAGAGAUGAGUAACACCGUUCUAAAAGAUAUCAUGAAUAAAAAAAUCCUAUGUGACGCGAAGGUCCUCACUACCUGCCGACCGGAGGCGGAGGACUGCGAGUUCCUGACCGACUGGCCCUCGUACAGGGUGGAGGUGAAAGGCUUCAAUGACGAGUCCAUCCAUGCUUAUUUUAAGUGGAGGUUGGGCACCACAGAACCGAAGGAAUGCAGCAUCCUGAACAACCUAGCUGUGUUUAGCCUGUGUCACGUUCCCAUGUACGCCUUCAUAGUGACCGCUUGCAUCUCCUUCAACCCCUCCGAGGCAGAUCUUCACCCUUGCACGAUAACAGAAAUGUACGUCCGGAUCUUCCGCCACUGCAUGAAAAUACACGGCGACCAGAAUGUAGAGCAUCUUGACAAAUACAUCCAGGACCACAAGGGCAACAUUAGAUUCCUAGCGCUAAGCUCCUACCAAGCCAUGCUGAAUAAAUCAGUAAACCUGUCAGGACUGGACUGCAAAGACAACAUCCAACAAGCGUUUUUGACAUUCAGCGCGGCCAAAGACCUGUCAGCUUCAACGACAGAGUUUCUGUCUUCGUCCUUCCUACACAACACCAUGCAGGAGUUCUGGGCAGCUCUUUUCCUUUUGAUGACGCCAGGCAACAUUAGCGAUGUCCUUCAGAAAUGCAGGACCGAAGACGGAAAGUACCUGAAGUACGUUGUCUGUUUCCUCUGUGGACUCAUGUCCAGUCGCCUCGCGGAGCUGAUGAAUUGUGUCAUGCACGCGGAAGAAAUAAGGGUCAUAUCUUAUUCUUACAUGGAAAAGAUCAUAGACACAUUUAUCCAUCCUAGUCGCGACGAAGAUUAUGAUGCAUUGGUCUCCUCAGAAAAUCUCUUGUUUACCUGCCAGUGCCUGUUUGAGCACCAAUCACCUGAGGCCUGUGCAAGCUUCCUGCAGAAGGUCAACUUUGAAUUCAACCUAUCGGGUGAGGAACUCGACCCCCAGCAGUGCUGUGCCGUCUCCUACGUGAUAAACCAAUCAGAAUGCCAGGUCGUCUGUCUGUACUUAGAUGACUGCUCUAUAUCCGACAGAGGACUGAAACUUUUCCUGAGCUCUCUGGGAAAUAUUGCGCAUCUGAGUCUGGACCCCAUCCGACAAUGUCAGAUGUGGAAAGCUGCUCUACACCCAGAUACCCAGGCUGAUUUCGACACACUGCUAAGCAGACUGCUAAGAUUGUGUGACGGAAAACUCCACCUGUCUGCUGUCGAGGGGCAAAAUGACCAGGGGGUGUUCCAGAGGACAGGAGAGUUUCAGUUUCUGAAGCAGAGGGGAGCAGAGACUGUGGAACUCUGCCUGCACCUUGACAGAGACACUCCACAUAUUGAUGAAUCCCUGACGAAAGCCAUAUUAGAUAGCCUGCCCAACAUCAACAUAAUCAGAUUUGUUGAUUCAGGUGAAAGGAGUAAUUCGUUUGAGGCGUGGGCAAGGUCCUUCCAGCUGGAUCUGUUGUUACUUGGGGCCCUGAAACAGAAAGAGACCGGACAGAAAUGCGUGGACCACCUCCACAGGCUUCUACCAGUGACCAACUCAGACUCCACUGAGAAUAAGACCACUUUUGCUCUGCUUCUGUACCAGCAUGUUAAGUCGUACGAGGACAGCCAAGGUGUGACAGUGCUGCCCAAGCUGGUGCCUGUUUUCCACUCAGUCCCGCUGGUUUGGCAGAUCAGCCUCGCCGACAGUAGGAUCUCCGCUCUCCUGGAUGUACUGAAGGUGACGGGGGUGAAGAAGCCCAUGGAAGUGGGACUGUCCGAUGAUGACACUGAACUGGGGAAACUGUUGGUGUUUCUGCCAUUCAUUUCACAGCUGAGGCAAGUCAUUAAACUUUACAAUUGUUACCACAUUUUCUGGACAAUCCAUGUCAAAUGUUUAUAG